AUGCAUGGCAGCCCACAUUUUCCGAUGGUCCCGUAUUCACAUGCAAGUAGCUAUGGCAGUGUAGGAAGCCAUGGCAGCUAUAAUGAUGGCUUGGGCCUUGGAAGUAGCUAUGGAAGUUAUGGAGAUAGCAACAAUAUGUUUGCAUAUUAUUCACUAGUUAAUCAUGGAAUAAACAUGCAUGCACAGCAUGGUCAGUCUAUGCUUGGUGGUAGUCCUGAUGCAAGGCGGAGAUUUGUCCAGUAUUCACAUGGGAAUGGGCUUGGUGUAAGCCCCUCAGCAGGGAACUUUGCACCUUUUCUACUUGGUGCAAGCCCCUCACAGUUCACUCCUCCACCCUCCUACAAUCAGGCUUCAGGUGGUUCUCCUGGACAUUAUGGUCCACCUUCUCCUGUAAGGAACAGUUGUCGUGGAUCGCCAUUGAGUAAAAUGACAGCAGCUACACAAUUUAAUAGGAGAAAAAAUUGGGGUUAUUCUGGAAGCACUCAGUCCCAAGAGAGUUCAGCUUCACAUUGGAAGGGGCAACAUUUUGAGAAUCCGAGCUCUACUCAUGUUGAGGGAAUUGCCUCGGCCCCUGGUAGUCAACCGUCACACCAACGGCCAAAGUCUGGUACUCCAAGCUGGACGCAACAACAAGGGGGCAGUUUUGUCCCAGGUCAAUCUUCAGUUCAAAAUGUGCCAGGCUCAUCGAGAUCUGGUACUAACAUUCCAUUGUCACAAAGCACUGGAUUAGAUCAUGACAAGCCUGAGGAUAACCUGUCAUUGGCAGAUCCUGGGGAUUGGGAUCCAAAUUACAGUGAUGAACUUCUUCUGCAAGAGGAUAAUUCUGAUGUCGGCUCCUUAAGUACUGAAUUCAGCAAAGGUGUCAAUCUUAGUUCUGGCAAUCAGCCAGAAUGUUGCUUGCAACUUGAAUCCUGUCUUGUUACCUAUAUCUUGUACAAGACAAAAUGGUUUGUGCAAUCAUUUUCACAUGUCAACGUGGGAAGUCCUCCUUCAGCACACGAACUGCAUGCUGGUAGCUAUGGCCGUUCAAUGUCAAAGCCAUCCCAUUUCACACCCCAUCUUCCUCAGAACUCUCCAAGCCGACUAGGACGGCAAGCCAGUCAUCGUGGUACUCAUGGGAGACCUGCUUAUGGUGGGGAGUGGAAUCACAAAGUUCAGUCCCCACAGUCUAGCUUUAGUUAUGGGGGCCCGCUUUCUCCUGGAAGUAGUUCAAACAACAAUGGCAUUCCCUGGGGGCGUAUGGCUAAUUAUCCAGGACCAAGCAUUCCUCCAGCAUCUAGAGGAAGAAAAGAUCAUGGAAGAAUUGUGUAAUUUUUGGUUAUCAGCUUGAUUCUUUUGCUGCAAGGGGACACAAUGUAUUAGAGUGUUGGAAAAGGAAGAGUUUUACUCAGUAGUCCACAUGCUUUGUGGACUGAUGCUUAGGAAAAUCCUCAUCCUCAUUCAUUCCGCUUGCAAAAAUAUAAGCUGUGGUGUCUAUCUUUUUAUUUCUCCUUUG